UCACUUCCUCCCAAAGUGUAAAUAAAUCAAAUCACAUUCCAUACUAAAAAUAAACAAUCUAAACUAAAAUGGGUGUAUCCAAAAAAUGGUUAAGAAUCGUUACAACAAAGUUCCUAAGAUCAUCCAAGUCCAACAAAGACAUAACUCUCCCUCCUCGUACAAUUGUUUGCAUAAAUCAAACCCAACAAGCCAUACAUAGAAAUGAAUCAACCAUUACCACCUCCAAAGAAGAUUUUAUCAGUUUGCCAUCAUCAACUAUUAAUUCUUCAUCAAUCACAUUAUUCACUAAGGAAGACUUUGCAGCAAUCAAGAUUCAAGCUUAUUUUAGGGGUCAUCUUGCAAGAAGAGCGCAUAGAGCAUUGAAAAGCCUAGUGAAAUUGCAAGCAUUGGUUCGUGGGGUGUGUGUGAGGAGACAAUCGCGUAUAGCGAUGCAAUGUAUGCACGCGCUUGUUCGAUUACAAGUCAAGGUUCGUGCCAGACAGUUACUUGGUACCUUUGAUCACACGCAAUACUAACCUGUGAAAGGAUAAUGAUUUUCUCAUAUUUGAGUCAUAGAAUAUUAAAAAUUAAAGGAGAUGGUGAGAAAGGAAUGGAGUUUUUUUUUUUUUUUUUGAAGCAAAAGGAAUGGAGUUAUGAAGAAACGAGUGUGAAAUUUGUAAGAGAAAGAAACAUAUGAGAAUUUCAAUAUGUACAUAGGGAGGAAUUUUGUUUGUUUAUUUAUUUAUUUCAUUUGGUAAUAAGCAUUUAUAUGAAUAUAAGUUUGGAUUUUGUGUA